GAUAGGAUGACUGCAAGCUUUCUUCCUGACCUGACCUGACUGUGAAAACACCUGAGCCUGAACUCCAAAAUUCAGAGUAGAAUUGUUGAUCCACCAGACUUCAGGCAGCGUUGAUGAUCAGGACAAUGGCCUGAACCAAGGCACAGUCGAUGAUUUAACGAGGGGUAUUCCAAGUGUUCCACUGAAUGUUCCAUUGCUCCAACUCCCAUUUUUGUUGUUGCUUAUCUUAUCUUGUGCAUUUUGGGGUAAUUUUAAAUAUCCAAUCUUGCAAAUUUUCCUAUAAAGUGUCUAAUUUGGGCACAGAAAAAAGACAAUCAAUUAUAUCACAUUCAUCAAAAGAGCACAUAGGAUAAAAAGUGCACGUAUGAAUUUCAAUAAAUUUUUGGUCUCGUAUUUUUUGUUAAAUGAUUGAAAAAUACAGUACAGAAAUAUAACUUUCUUAAAGAAGAGUUUUGUUUUACACUUUUCAUAACACAACUUCAAAAUAUAGCUCAGCUACUGUUAAAAAAAACCGUGAUAUCCUUUUCUUUUCACUGUUUAAUGGCUUCAACCCAGAAUGCAAUGCGCAGGAAAUAAAGUCUAACGGAAAUGACGUAGGGCCGUAGUUAUUUCCGUCAUAAUAUCGCUACUCCGGAUUGGUCAAUCUCCACAUGGCGGGAGCUGAACGAGCUGACGAUGUAAACAACGUGCUUGGAGAGAAAAACGUAUUUUAUUCUGGAGUCAGAAGAUGAGCAGGUUACGUUUAACUUCCAUCAAAGGAAAGAAACUUUUAUCAGAAGCUGAAGAGACGAAGACUUCGACCCGGAAGCGGCGGAAGACAGCCGUGGAAGGAGAAGAGGCCCCCAAAGCCUCCCCCUCUUCAUACCACAGCUUCUGUGAUCCAGCAGAAGUAGUCCAGCUGCGUCGGAAGCUCCUGAGCUGGUACGACAGGGAGAAGCGAGAGCUGCCAUGGAGAACUCUGGCUGUAACCGAGGCAGACGUCAACAUCCGGACCUAUGCAGUGUGGGUUUCUGAAGUAAUGCUGCAGCAGACGCAAGUCGCCACAGUGACAGACUACUACAACAGAUGGAUGAAGAGGUGGCCCACUGUGCAGCAUCUGGCUGCUGCUACCCUGCAGGAAGUGAACCAGAUGUGGGCGGGGCUUGGAUACUACUCUCGGGGCAAGCGGCUGCAUGAGGGGGCACAGAAGGUGGUGUCGGAGCUGAAGGGACAGAUGCCUCACACGGUCGAUGACCUGCUGAAGGAGCUGCCGGGUGUGGGCCGUUACACUGCUGCAGCGGUGGCCUCCAUCGCCCUGGGACAGGUUGCUGGAGUUGUGGACGGAAACGUGACCCGGGUUCUGUGUCGGCUCAGAGCAAUCGGAGCCGACAGCACAAGUCCUGCAGCGAAUCAGGCUCUGUGGGGUUUAGCCAAUGUCUUGGUGGAUUCAGAGAGACCUGGAGACUUCAACCAGGCCAUGAUGGAGCUGGGAGCCCGAGUCUGCACCCCCAAAGGACCUCUGUGCAGCCGCUGUCCCGUCCGGGCCCACUGCCGCUCGCAUCAGAAGGUCCAAGUCCAACAAGAGCAAAACACCAAGAAGCUUCUGGGGAGGACGGACAGAAGCGUCUCAGAGGUGCUGGACGUGGAGGACUGCAUGAGAGGUGGAACGUGUCCCCUGUGUCCCCUGGAGCCGUGGGACGAUAGUCUGGGUGUUCAGAACUUCCCCAGAAAGCCAGUAAAGAAGGCGCCCCGAGCAGAGCGGACUCUGACCUGCGUGGUGGUCAGACCCGGGGAGCAGGACGACCACGAGUUCCUGCUCACGCAAAGACCAAACAAAGGUCUUCUGGCAGGUCUGUGGGAGUUUCCAAGUCUCUUGCUGCAGGACGGAGACUCCGAUGCUGAGCGGAGGAGGGCGCUGUGUCAUCAGAUCAGCAGAACGCUGAACGCCGACGUGAGCGACGGCCUCCUCCGGCACGUGGGAGAGGUGGUUCACGUCUUCUCCCACAUCCACCAGACGUACGUGGUCUACAGCGCGCGCUUGAAGAGAAGCGACGCCCGAGUGCAGGCGGAGAACACGCAGUGGCUCACCCGCUCUGCUCUGCAGGGCGCCGCCGUGUCCACGGGGCUGAAGAAGAUCUUAAAGCUUUAUGAAUCUCGGGCUGGUUUGGAAGAAUCCCCUAAGGAGGAAAAACCCUCGAAGAACGCCGAGAGAGUGAAGACGUCAAAGAAAUCCAGAGCGGCUGCAGCGAUGGGCAGAGCCAGACAGCUUCCCCUCAACUCCUUCUUCAAGACGUUGAAGGAGGAGAGUGGCUCAUAAGCUGCUUGAUGACAUCAUCAUCCUGUUACCGCCUCAGGGAUGAUGCGGUUCUGCUGUUGGUGUAAAGUUUUCAAUCACUGUGAUCCUAAAAUGUCCCAUAAUGCUCUUUAGUGUGACAUCACUUUUUAAACAUUUUAUUAAAACCAAACGUUGCGACUUUUA